AUGUCCUCGCCAGAAACAAAAGAAAAGGUCGCUUCCUAUAUCACCCACGAUUAUGCGUCCUCUUUGGAAAGUGGGAAGCCUGUAAAGUUUGUCUACUCCCCUGAAGAACGCAAACUUGUUCGAAGAAUAAAUUGGACGGUCAUGCCCUUGGUCUGUGGAAUUCUUUUUGUUCAGUUCAUCGAUAAGUCAACGCUGAACUAUGCUGCCGUCAUGGGCAUUUACGAGGAUACGCACAUCACUCAAGACCAGUUCAGUUGGCUUGGAUCCAUUUUUUACGUGGGUUAUUUAGCCUUCCAGAUCCCUAACCAGUACUUCCUUCAACGCCUGCCAAUGUCUAAAUACCUCGGUUCUAUUCUCACUGUUUGGGGUGUGUGUCUUGCUUGUAUGGCCCUCGGCAAGAACUUCGAGCAACUGGCCGGUCUUCGAUUCCUUCUUGGUUUCUGGGAAGCCUCUACAUAUCCCUGUAUUUUUUUACUCAUCAGCACCCUCUAUCGCCGCCAAGAACAGGUUGUCUGGUUCUCUACAAUGUUUAUCUGUAACGCUGCAGCAACAUCCAUUGGUGGCUUGAUUGGUUAUGGCAUCAGAAGCAUGCAUGGCGCUCGAGGCAUCAGCGCUUGGCAGUGUUGCGAUAACAACAGCUGUGAAAUUCUAAUGAUAUUAAAUACCAAUCCUUUACCUUUUCUUACAACAGUGAUUAUCUGGGGUGUCGUUACCUUUGCUCUUGGUAUUGCGUUCUUCUUCUUUUUAGCCGACAAGCCCAAGUCUCGCUGGUUCCGUUUGACUCCGGAAGAAGAACUUAUUGUGGACGAUCGUCUUCGUGAUAACACCGUUGUACAAAAUAAGGAUAUCAACAUGGACCAUAUCUUUGAAGCUUUUAAGGAUCCUCGAUUCUAUUGCUACCUUGGGAUUUCUUUCCUUGUCAACCUUCAAAACGGCGCCGUGACAAUCUUUAGCUCUCAGAUUAUUUCGCAAAUGGGUUUUAGUGACCUUGAUUCUAUUCUGCUAAAUAUUCCUUACGGUGUUGCUAUUGGUAUCCUACUCGCUUUCACUACGUAUGCCAGCAAACGCUACGAUGAGAUUGGCUACGUUGCUGCGGUCAUGGGUUUUAUCACUUUCCUCGGUGCCUUGCUUCUUGCCGUUAUUCCUUACGGAGGUGCCAAGCUUGCAGGUCUUUACUUGUCAGCUAGCAGUCCAAUUUACGUCAUGCUCCAGACGUCCAUCUCCAACAAUGUUACAGGUUAUACCAAGAAGAUUUUUUACACCGGUGGCAACUUGGUGGCCUAUUGUAUUGGAAAUUUUGUGGGACCUUUAAUGAUGGUUGAGCACACAGCUCCUCGCUACAUUGGUGGUCUCUCUGGUUAUAUGGCAGCCGAUAUUCUUGCUAUUAUCUUGUUCUUGUAUGUCCGCUGGUCGCUCAAUCGCGAGAACAAGCGUCGCGAGAAGCUCAGAAAGGAAGGCCAGAUACCGCCACCUGCUGCGAACCGUGAAGAGCUGGAUCUCACUGACAAGCAGGAUAUGAACUUUGUGUAUCGUCCUUAG